AUGAACAAAAAUGGAACAGCUAAAAUGAAUGAUAAUCAAAUAAGAGCCGAAGGUAGAAGGUUAUUUAAACGCUUCUAUAACAUUCCUGAUGGUGUUAAUCCUAAAACUCGUAGAAGUUAUUUAAAUGAAGCCAUAGAUGCAUAUGAAGGAUUUGACAUUUCAUCAGAAAGUGAGAGGUUAGCAAGAAUGUUAAAUGUUAAUAUUGAUUUCUAUUAUUGUGAUCCUCAACCAGAAGACGUAGACAUUAACAAGGUAGACUUUCCAUUAGUGGAUUCAAUAAUGAUAGAUCCAGAAUUUGAAACAGUAAAUAUUUUAUUAACACAGAGUCCAUGUGGAAAACUUCACGCUGACAGAUAG